CGCCAUCAUCGACUCUCGACUUUCGACGACCAAUUUGAAGGACGACGACUAGCAUCGGCAUCGACGCAUCAUAGCGACGCCACUGACUGCGACACCGCCUAUACCAUUCACUUGAGACGCAAUCAACGUGGCAUUCAAACUCCGCCAGUAAUUGCAUCAGGACGUUCCGGAGUCUCAACAGCGGUCAACUACGAGCGAGACGCUGGUUGCGACUCACGACGCCAAUUGACAAGUCCCGUCUGACAUUUCUUGACGAAAAAUCAUCAUGUCGAAUUACAGCGGUCGGCACGGCCCCAACGUGUCGCAAUACCUUCGCGACCUCAACACCAUCAGCCCUCAGGCGGAUACUCUGGAAGAGAGCAGCUUAAACUUCGAGGAGGACCUGAACAUCUUCACAAACACCCAGUUCUUCGACUUUGACUCUGGCCAGAACACCGACUUCCAAGCUCAGCCCGCCAAGCCUGAAGGCAAGGCUCCCCACAGUGGCACCACAUCUGAGGAUGUAAGCGCUGCACCCUCAGUGAUCGGUGAAAUGCCCAACUUGGAUUUCAUGUCCGACUUUACCUUCCCAGAGUUCAACAACAACAACACCACAUAUGCGGCGCCCCACAUGAACAACUUCUCUGAACAGGGCUUUGCGCCCCUGCAGCCGAACCACGGCCACGUACAGGUUCCUCCUCACCAUGCGCGGUUCCAUCAGGCACCCCCACAGGUUGGCGAGAAGCGCAAGUCUGAGUCUUUGAACCAAGAGGAGGCUGCUAGAAUGGCUGCCGAGGAGGACAAGCGGAGGAGGAACACUGCUGCCAGUGCCCGUUUCCGCAUCAAGAAGAAGCAGCGUGAGCAGGCUCUGGAAAAGUCCGCCAAGGAGAUGUCUGACAAAGUCUCCAACCUCGAAAGCAAGGUGUCUCAGCUUGAAACCGAGAACAAGUGGCUGAAGAACCUCUUGGUCGAGAAGAACGAGGGCAAUGAAGACAUUGUUGCUCUUUGGAAAGAGUUCACCAAGCACGCCAGUGACAAGAGCAAGGCCGCAUCCGCUGAGUCAAGUAGCGGCGAGAAGAUCAAAGGAGAGCAGUGAGCGAGCUCAUGUUGAUAAUAUUUGUUUUGAUCUCUCUUAAUGUCAUGCUGUUCGAAGGGGGGGAGGCGGGGGGCGUUGCUUUGGUUACUGGCGUUACUGUUAACUGGAUCGAGGGAGCUUUGUCCUGUCUUGGGAAGAUUCGAAUCAUGGGAUAACCGAUUCAAUCUGGGGCUGAAAUAAACGAAGCUGGGCGGCGGAUAUCUAUUUGGCUUUAUUUGUAUGUGGCAUAUAUCCAAAGUGGUUGGAGAUGGAGAGCCGAAAGCAAAAGAAAUGGGCUCCAUGUGGGAAAUGACGCUUCAUUUAUGUUAUAUGAAAUGUUCAAAUUUUUUUUUCUCUAAAUCUCCGUUUCGUAUUUUGUUCAUUAAAUUGUCUAUUGUUUGCCAUCGGUGUCGUGAUUGCCACUAGCGCCUAUGCGAUUGCCCCCUUCGCUGAUGCCACGAGCCUCUCUCAGGG